GGCUCGACGAACCGAGCAUUGUUCUUGCGCCUUGUGAGUAAGCGAAUUUCAGGGACGCAGCCUUCCCGCAUCGGCUAUAACAACCUCUUUUAAGAGUCGAACGCUUGUUUUUGGGCACAAAAUUCGCAGCGGAUGUACACGCGCUUUGGAUAGCUCGGCAAGAAAGAGGUGAGUUUGGAACUUCGCGUUUAUUGCCGUUCUUCGAAUCGAAUUGCUUGUUUGUUGUGCACGUCUGUCGGACUUCGAACGUUUUAUAGUGGACUGGACUUUCUGAACAUGACUGACGUAAGAAAAACUUGGAAAGGGACACGCGACAGACGUCUGCUGCUCAUUUUCUCGACAUGGUGGAGUGUGUUGCGGUUGUGCCAGUGCCAAUGUCCGGUGGGCUCCACAUCGUUCGAAAAAGUGGCCGGCUCGUCCCUGAGAAGUGCCCGCCUUAUGCCUCUCUACAAAGGCACUCAGGGAGAGGCCGCCAUCACCAAAGAAUGCCUGAACCGAUGCCGGGCGUUGUCGGACUGCAACUCCAUGCUUCUCAGCUACACAGCUCAGAACUGCAUGAAAUCGACCACUACGUCAGAAGGACGUAGAAGUGACGUAGUGACUUCGUCACCACCGUCAUCGACCAGCUAUUUUGAAAAGAUAUGCCUCACAGCUCCCCGCUGUUCUCGUCUGUGGACAUUCGAACGAGUGAUCGGCUAUGAGAUCUCUGGAUUCGAUGAUAGGACCAUCCCCGGCGUGAGCACGAGACUGCAAUGUGAGGAACUCUGCCUGAGGGAACGAGGCUUCGUGUGCCGUUCUGGCGAGUACGACUACGCCUUCCAGCAGUGCCGUCUCAGCAGCGAGGACAGAAGGUCGCAGCCCUCUUCCUUCAGGCCGGCAUUCGGAGACGUUGAUUACUUCGAGAAUCAAUGCGUCACAGAUGGCGCCACCGGCUGCGAUUAUGAAGAGAAGGAGGACACCGAUGUGGAACGAGUGGACGCCAGCCUGACCGCCUCAUCGCAGGCCGAGUGCCAGCAACAAUGUGACGGGGCCCAGAGUUUCCUCUGCCACGCCUACAGUUACAGGCCAUCCACUUCCUCCUGCAAGUUGAGCAGCGACGACACCUAUAAUCUGGGAUCGAACGCCGUGCGCAGGAGGAUGGGUACCGAAUACUAUCAGAGGGCCAACUGCUUGGAUCUGAAGCUGACAUGCACUGACACUACUAUGCAGCUGAUCCUCAAGACAAGGGAGCCGUUCGAUGGCCGCAUCUACGCCCAGAGCAAGCCGUACGCUUGUCAGGCCUUUGGUGACAAACAGACAGUCACAAAGUUUGUCAUGGAUGUAAAAGGACAGUGUGGAGUUGAACUGGAACGUGAUGACCAUCUGACCAAUACGGUUGUGAUUCAGUACCACCCUCUGAUUCAGCAGAAGGGAGAUCGGGUCAUCAAACUUUACUGCUCCCUGUUUGAGGAAACCAACAGGACCAUUUCCAAGACAUUCCAAGUAUCACAAGGACUGGAGCCAGCCGUGACCGCCGUGGUAAACGCCACUGCACCAACUCCGAAUAUCCGUCUAAGGAUUACGGACGCCAAUGGUACAGACAUUACUGGAACCAGAAUAGGAGAGUCACUCUAUUUCCGCAUCGAAAUCGACGAAGACAGUGUAUUUGGUAUCUUUGCACGCGAUAUGACUGCCAAAAAUGGCAGAGGUGACCAAAUGAUUCAACUCAUUGACACAGAAGGCUGUGCGAGUGACCCUCGUAUCUUCCCUCCCUUCGACAAGAUCCCGGGCAGCAAGUCUCUGCAGUCCCGCUUCCAGGCCUUUAAGUUCUCCGAGGACCCGGUCGUCCGCUUCCAGGUGAAUGUCCACUUCUGCCUCGAAGAAUGCAAUCCGGUGGUCUGUCCUGGAGGAACCCAGUCCUGGGGCAAGAGGAGGAAGAGGGAAGACAGCGGCGACAACGAAAUCCCUAUUGUUCCCGAUUACCCACUUGUUGCUGCCAUUGUCGUGGAAGGUUCCUCUUUUGGCAACAACACCGGACCUUCUGAUAGAUACAUAGAUGAACGUGAAAUGGAAGAUUCUGACGAACUAGUAUGCACGACAAAGACGGUCGUCGUUGUCUCGUCCCUGGGUGCCCUCUUCCUCCAGAUUGGCCUGCUGGCUGCAUGUGGGACCUGCCUCCUGCUGACCAGGAAAGACCAACGUCCGAAAUAUUCCGAGGACGCUGCCUCCACCAUAACGGAAACACUACCCCCUUUUGGAUCUGUGCACCACUCUCGUCUGCGGUGACAAGAUAAUUCUUGAAUUAGAACAAACCCGUGCCUUUAUAAACUUUAAGUUUCGAAAUGAGGUGAAAGACUGCUGCUUUUGGAUUAAUCGAUUCCAAUGGCGUGACAUUGGCGAUGAGGUGAAACUUGUUGUAGAUUUUGAUGACGCUUUGGACAGUUUCUCUGAAACACUGAAUUUUUGAGAAUGGAUAGUAAAUGUAGAAAAAUUGAUGGCUCUGCUCAAAAUAAUAGAAAAUAUACGCGAAACAAAGGAAGGGCUCUUGUUAGAUUCCAUUAGUUCCAUUAGUGGAUCGAAGAAAAUCCACAUCUAACACACACCUUGAUCUAAGCAUUUUUCUUAUGUUCAGAACAAGGCAGCAUUUGAAUGUCUCAUAUUGCCACCAAGGAUACAAUUUCUAGGUAUUUUUUUUAAAUUAAUAAAAACCCUGUAUGGAGAAACAAAUGAAGAAUAAUCCUAUUCUGUCAAAUGUCUAUUACAGUAAUUUAAAAUAAUUUUUAAAAAUCAUCGAAUUUCAUCAUUAUUGAAAUAUUUAAUUAUUGAAAGAGUUGAGACAAGAGUUUAUUGAAAUAAUAUCUUUCAAUAAUUAUGGAGACUUGGAUAAUGUGAGACUUUCGAAAUUGAAUUCUUGUCAAUAAUACGGAGUAUAUUUAACACUUGAAAGGAACUAAACUGAUAAAAUGAUAAUUAACGCAAAAAAAUUAAUUACCGUUUAUAUAUUUUUUUAACUUACAAUUUAUUUCGCUAUUUGCUGUAAACUUUUUACACUUCAUAUCACGCCAUCAGGCUAGAGCUUACAGUUCCAAUAGAAGAAAAACUUCCGCCCAUGAGAUGAGCAGCAAGCCGCGCGUGCAACCGAUCACUGCCGAAACGAAAUGUUUUCUAAAAACUGCCGACUCAGUUUAUGGUGCUUUUUGAAAAACUGUGCGUGUCAUGUUUUCUAUGGAUUUUGACAUUUUCAUCAUAUUUCUAAGAUUGUAAUGUAUUGGUUAUCUUAAUAUGUAUCAAUUGUAUUAAAUGCCAUUUGUGUAUUGUUUAUAAGUAAUUUAUAGUAGGUAUAUGUGAUAGUUAAAUAGUCAGAACGCAGUGAAAUGAUGAUGGUUUGAAUAGUUAAAUUAAUUAUAAUAUAUCCACCUAAAAUAAUAAAGAUAUCUAAUAAUAUGUGCCGAUAACGAUAUAACUUUGAAUAAUAAAUGUAUUUCAUUUCAUCGGAAAUCAGAUUAUUUCGCUUAUAAAAAAAGAAAGUGCGUGAAUAUAAAGAAAUGACAAUGCUAAAAAGAAAUGUGACAUACAUAUGAAUGGAGAGAAUUUGCUAUAUGAUGUAAAGCAUAUUUAACGUUAGAGUUUUGUCUAGUCAUUGUGUAAAAAAAAGCCUUCUUUUCUUUUAUUCGGAUAAAAUUAAUAUAAAUGUUUCUGGUAAUGGUUAGAUGCUAAGGUUUAUAUCUGCCUAAGUUUUAAAAUAAAUUUUUUUGUUCAAAUGCAGUUGCAAUUUCAUAUUGUUUUGCUGAAAAAGUUAAUAAUAUUUCAAAAUUAUGUAAAUUAAUAUGCCUUAUAUUUCUAUAAAAAAAUCUCAAAUGAGUAUUAAUAAUUUUAAAAUUGUAUCACUUGAGUUUUUUUUUUCAUUUGUUAAAUCUAAAACAAGGAAAUUCUAUUUCCCAUAAUUACAGAGUGAUUCAAAAUUCAACUUACUAACGGGUAGAGAUAAAGGAAAACCGAAAUGAACGAGAUUCACAUAGGAAUACAUAAGCGGAUUCCAUGUGCCAGAAAGAUUGUUUAGAGAAUACAUGAAGAUGCAGAUAUAACGAGUCAAUAAAAGGUGAACAUUCUUUAUUUAGUGAUAAUUUACAUAAGCAUAUACAGUAUUCGUACAUGUAUUGUAUUAGUCUAUAAAUUAGACACAUGUUUCUUGUUUUCUGUGGGCACACACAGUUUGAAAUUUACUUAACAAAAAUUCAAAUCCAAUAGCAAACGCUGAUGAGCUUUAAUACUGAUAAUACUGAAACUUGGGUUAACGUUGGACAAUGUUAGCAUUAACUAAUCGUUGGAUUUCUUUACAUACAACAUGCGAGUUCCUUUACAUACAUUAUGAGUGCGAAAACUGAUGUAUAAAAUAAAAUAUUUAUACCAUCAUACAUAUUUUUAAUUUCUAGUCAUAAUUCGUAUGAACUAAUAAUUAUUCUUAAAUAUGAACAAUUUCAAGUCAUGCAAGCUUAUUUAGCACUUCAACUUUAAUUAAAUAAGAAUAUACUGUUCAUUUUGAUAUAUCAACAUCUUUUUCAUUUAGUCUUAUAAUGCAGUUGUCUCAAAAAAUUUGAUUUAACCUUAAUAUAAAAUGUGCUCCUCUAAUCGGCGUGACAACUUCACACCUGGGAGGCUUGUAAGCAAUCACAUUAAAAAAAUAUAAUAAAAACUUUGUCCUAAUUUAUGAGCAGCAAAUCAAAAUGAAACUGAAAACAAUUUUUAAAAUGAAAGAAAUAUUCUAUUAUUUGUUGAAAUUCUAUAUUUUCAUCUAUUACGAACUUUUAUUAAAAAUAUGGGAAUCAGAGCUUAGAAAAAACAUUUUGUUUAGUCGAAUUAUAGGAAUAUAAUGCAAAUUGGAAACAUAUGUCAACUGGAUUCAACAAUCAACUUUUAUUUAAAUGUUCUUAUGAAUUAGUUUAAAUGUUGAACAACAAGCUAUAUUGAUACAAUUUCAUAAUCGUAAAAAUUGCGAUUUCAAUUUAUAUAAUCGUAAUUUAAAAUUCUGAUAAAAUGGAAUGACGCAAUAUGAUAAAUAAAUUUUUAAAAGAAAUAAAUGUUGGAAGUAUAUGAAAGCAUUUAACUUGUUUACCAUUAUCAAAUCGAUUAAAUGAGCAAAAUUUUUCUAGAAAAUAAUAAUACGAAUCGAAAGAUGAUUUUUUUUCUGUGUUAUAUAAUUUAUGAUUAAUUAUUUAAUAAACAGAAUGUGAGCUUAGAAUCUUGAAACAACAGUCCAAAAAUUUCAAUUUAUUUAACAAACGAUAAAUUUCUCCUUAUGAAUUAAGUGGUAACGAUUUUAACGAUAAAUUUUUUCUUAUUGUUAGAAUUUAUUCAUUUUUUUUUUUUUGAAAAAUAAUUUUGUUUUUCUUUCCUCGAUUUUAAAUUGUUUGGCAUUGUUAUAGAAAGUUGGAAUAGAAAAUUUUUAUGCUUUAUUUAACAGUAUGUUAUUUUAUCACAUUGUAAUGAAACGAUAUAUUUAUAAUAAAUUUACUAAUUUCAUAUUUACAUCCAUUUUUAUUGAAGUUAAGAUAAAAAUAAAAUCGUACUUUUUGUUGGUAAAACUAUUGAGAUUUUAAAAUGUGACACGCUAUGCUUUAAUUCAUGUAAAUGUUGAGAGGUGAUAUGAUAUCGAGAAGUUUAUUGUUAUUUUUGAGAAUGAUUUAUGCUUUGAAACUAUCUACAUUAGAUAUCACCAAAGUUGAAUUUUAUAGAUUUUAAAUUAA